GACUGAAGGGUUUGCAUCAAAAUGGAGGGGGUCUCGAAGGGGAAAUGAGCUGCCGAUGACUUGUGGCAGGUCAACAAAAUGUAGUGCCAGGAUAUGUUUAGAAAAACCAAGUCUAAAACAAAUGUCAAUUUUGGAAGCAAGGAAUCUCUUAAUAGCAAAGAAGGUUCACAGUCUCUAGGAUCAAGUGAAAAUCUAUCUGGCAGCCGCGAGAUGUUACUGGAGGCUGGGCCUAAUAUAUUGAACAAAGCUGCACAGUACCAUGUUCACUACCUGGGAAGUUUGCAAAGCUUUAGCAGUGUCACAGGGAGCAAAAAGAUUGCAUCUACCCAGUUAGUUGACAAAAUAGAAGAAGCACAGAUUCAGGGAAAGUUACCUUUUUUACCUAAGGAGGAUGACAUAGUUACCAUUUUGAUAUCAAAACAUGGCAUAAGGCUGUCAAGGAGAGAGGAAAUAAUUGAACGUCACCCCCUCCACACAGUGGCACAAAUGAUGGCCUUUAGUGAUGGGGCAGGGAAACACAACAUUGCAGUGAAGACGGGACAAGUUGGCAAGACCACGUACAGCUGCCAUGUGUUCCAGUGUCAGAAUGAAAGCCUUAGCACUAUGACCCCAUUCCCACAGACACCAUCUGUUUACAUAGAUCAUUCCAACUCUGUGGGGACUCUGGCUGAGUGUGAUCAGCUUAACUGA